AUGGCUGAUGUCAAGUUGUUGGAUCUGGCUCCGAGCACUAAAUCCACAAAGAAAAAGGAAGCUCCAAUCGGUGGUAUGCCCGAUGGAGAGCCGAUUUUGAAUCCAAAGUAGGUGAAUAUUGAAUACUUUGUUUCUUCAUUAGUAGCACGCUUUUAACAGUAGUUUGUUACCUAAAUUUUAAUUUUUGAAAUUUAAUUUUUAGGUGGCUUGUAUUUUCACCAGCGGACAAGUAUAGAACGGCUCAAUACGCUCUGUUUACUAUAACUAACGCCGAACCGGUUAAAGUGGCAUAUCGGUUGAGAACUAGGGUAAGUUAUAGAGCUGGAUUAUCAUCAAAUGAGUUUUAAGUAAAACAUUGUCUUUGAAGUUACAGGUAUGUUAAACUUUGAAAAACCGUUUUUUAGGAUAAAAGUCAGUUUUAACUACUAAAUCCAAAACAUUAAAAAAAUAUUUUUUUAAGUUAAAAUCCGUAUUUUAGGACCGUUUAUUCCCCCAACUCUCUCAUUCUCACGGUGUUCUGGCGUCAAAAGAGUCGGUGGAGAUUGUCUGCUACAUUCCAUCGCACGAUCAAUGGCCUAGAGACAUUGUCGAAUACUCUGGCAAGGUUCACAAGAUUGUGGUCGAAACUCUGACAGUUCCAGACAGUAUGACAGUCCCACAGAAUCAAAAAGACCUUGUCAACGCUGUCAGAAGACUUUUUCACAAUACUGCUUCGAAGGUGAGGGUUUAAUUUGAAAGUUUUAACAAAGUAUCUAAGAUUAAAAUUAAAAAAAUUAAAUUUUGGAAAGCCGAAGUUUGGAAAAUUGAUUUUUUUUUAAAUUUUAAAAAUUUGCGGGAUUAAAUAAUUGAAAAAAUAAUUUUUUGAUUUAAAAAUUACUUGAAAUUUGAAAUUUUGAAAUUUCAGGCUCAAUUGACUCGUCUCUACCUCAAGUUGAAGAUCCUUUUGCCUUCAGUUCCAGCCGGCUCUCCACCAAAGAAAGCGUCAUCUACUACUUUUUGA